AUGAAACCACUUUCUGUAAAUAUUUUAGUUGUCGAGGCAAAAGGUUUAAAGAAAAAAGAGAUUGGAAAAUAUGAUCCAUUUGUAGAGUUGAGAUAUCUAAAUAAAUCACAACAUACUAAAGUUAUAAAGAAUAAUCCAUCACCAAGUUGGAAUGAAUCUUUUGACUAUCAAUUGGAUGCGAUGAAACCAGUAAUGAAUUUAUUGGUUUGGGAUAAAGAGAUAUUCUUUCUUAGUAAUAAUCUGAUUGGUGCAGUUGUGUUGGAUUGGACUACAGUUUCAGUGGAAUUGGAGCGUGGUAGAAUAGUUGAUAAGUGGUAUCCAGUUGAGAGAACUGGUAAACCAGAACCAAUAAGAGGAUGGUUACAUUUAAUUUUGAAGGGACAUCCUACCACCUCUACUUCUUCCUCCUCUUCCUCCACAUCGACUUCAUUAACACCAUCACCUUCAUCCAAACUAAAUGAUUCACUUGGUUCAUCAAUCUCCUCUUCCUCCUCCUCUUCCUCGUCAUCAUCAUCAUCAGUUAUAAAUGGAUGGUGUCUAUUAGGUAGAAAUAAAGAAGUGAAUAUAUCGAUAUCAAACAAACCUAUUGCUAUAGAUUCUAGUAUGAGUAGUAGCAGUAAUAGUAGUAGUAGUCGGAUGGAUAGUUGUAUCAGCGAGAUAUCUAUUGAUUCGGGUUGUUCCAGUACUGGUUUAAAAAGUCAUGUAAAGGAUUCCAGUGAGGUAUUGGAUGAAGAGAUGCUAUCAAGAUGUCUUCAGUGUAGCCGAAAGGAGAAGCCAGACAAUCUCUUUCUCAUGGAAGAGUGUCUUCACAAUUUCUGUCGCGAUUGUUUAAAGUCUGAUUUACAGAAACAGUUGGAAACCGAUCCAACUAAUUUACAUUGUCUGCAUAAUUCUUGUUUUUAUAAAAUUCAACCUUCAUUAUUAAAAGAAAUUUUAGAUAAAGUAGAGUUUGAAAAAUAUUUAAAUAUUACAUUGGAAUCAUUUGUUCAAUCAUCUUCAAACUUUUUCAAGUGUCCAAAUUGUUUGGUUGCCUAUGAGAAAUUGGAAUCAAAGAAAGAUCAAAAGAGUAAUAAAAAGUUGCAUUUAUUGUCCCCGAGUGGAGUAAAGAUGACCGAAGAAGCUGCAAGACAUAGAGAUGAAAAUAGAUUUAGAUGUGGAAACUGUAGCUCAGAGUUUUGUUCGUGUUGUCAAUCGAUGCCCUACCACUAUAGCUUCAAUUGCGAUGAGUACAAAUGUUAUUUGGAGUCGAGAAAGUGUAGAUUCUGUCUGCAUAAAUCAAAGGAGAUCAUCGAUGAUAAAUACUCGAAAUGGUACAAGAACCCCGAUGCUUUUGCAAUGGAUCACUAUAGCUAUUAUCUUUGUUUCAAGUGCAAGAUUCCCUAUUUCGCAGGACAGGUGCGAUGUGAUCAGGGUAACGAGAACGAUGAGUUCAACUCUCAAGAUUUGAUAUGUCCAUCCUGUAGAGGUGAAUGCUAUCAAAAGUGUAAUAUACACGGUUGGGAUUUCAUGGAGUUCAAAUGUCAUUUCUGUUGUUCUAUAGCAUCAUUCUUUUGUUGGGGAAAGAUUCAUUUCUGUGACACCUGUCAUACUAAACAACAGAAAGGUGACUACCUUACAAAGAAGCCGAAAUCAAUGAUACCUAUGUGUCCUGGCAUUGAAUCAUGUCCACUUAAAAUUGCACAUCCACAUUGCGAAGAAUUUAGUUUAGGUUGUUCUAUUUGUAAAAUGAUUAAAGAGUUUUAA